CUUUAUUUGGUUGAUUUGCGGAUGAUUCAAUAUUGGAAAUUGGUUUAAGAAAGUAAAAGUUGUAGGAGAUUUUUUCUCUCUUUUGGUCGUUUGCGUGUGGCCUUUGUAUGAUGAGGUAGACAGGAUUGGGGGUAUUGUCGUUGCGUGGGGAAAGGUUACCGCUUCCAUCCGAUCUCAUCCAUCGAAGAUCAUCAGUUGCUACCAGAAAGAUGCUGAGGAUACUCGCGUUAAUUUUUCUCACGGUAGGCUGCGUUUCCGCCUUCGGCUGCGGAUCGGACGUGUUCAAGAACGUGACGGCCCUUCUGUACCGUGACCCCAAAUCGAAUUACACAUUGAAAACAGUGACGGAUUACAAACGCGACUUCCAGAACGUGCACCGCGUCGACGUCGAGCCGAUCAAUAAGAUCUCCAGGUUAUGCAGGAACUCAGUCACCGAUCUUCCGAAGUUGCAUACGCUGAGUCUCAUCUUGAAUGGGAUCGAGUCCAUUGAAGCAGGAUCUUUUGGAAAUUUACCAGCUCUCAGAGUGUUGAAGCUUAACUUCAAUGGUUUAAGUGAAAUCAAAGCUGGUACUUUCAAUCUGCCUUUAGAAGAGUUGUAUUUAAGUUCUAACAAGAUUUAUAAGAUCGAGAGUAAAGCCUUGGAUGAUAUGCCUAGCUUGCGGUUACUGGAUUUGAGCUUCAACCAUAUCCAGUACAUAGACAACACCUGGUUCCAGGCGGCGCCGAAGUUGAGUCACGUCGACUUCAGCUUCAAUUUGAUUAGGGAGAUUCCGAAAUCCGCGUUCUCCAACUUGGCUAAACUCAAUCACAAAGUGGAUCUUUCUUUGAUGAACAACACAAUUUCUACUGUAAAUAGAGACGCUUUUCUUGGGUUCAGUGGUUUGGGAAAGCUGUGGCUCGGCGCCAACAAAAUCCGCUUCCUGGACGAUAACACCUUCUCGAACGUCAAGGGCUUGGACACGUUGCAGUUGGAUAACAACCAGAUGUUUUGUCUUUCGGACCGCUUCCUGACCAACACUCGCACUUCCGAAGUGCACUUGAUCGGAAAUCCAAUUAUCUGCAAUUGCUUGGUCAAAGUGGAGGAAUGGGGAUUGGCGAGCAACACGAAAGUGUUCAACAGCAACAGAAACUUGGACAAGUGCAAGUAUAAGGCCAGGUAUCCGGAGACGACGACGAAAGCCCCAGAGGGUGUAGCCAUCGAUUUGUAA